UUAAUUUCUCGUCAUCUUCAGUUCACUUUUAAACUCUUUUUUCAUCCUUAUCGCUCAGCUCAACAAAAUGAGUGACACGGACAUGGAAGUAUUUGGGGUGGCCGCCCCAUACCUGCGUAAAUCUGAGCGGGAGAGAAUUGCAGCUCAGAAUAUGCCGUUUGAUGCCAAAAGUGCCGUUUUCGUGCCUCACCCGAAGCAGGAGUACGUCGAAGGAAAAAUCAGAAGCCAGGAUGGCACUAAGGUCAAUGUGGAGAUUGAGGAUGGAAAGGUUGUCACGGUGCAUGUGGAUGACAUUCGGCCAAUGAACCCACCCAAGUUUGACAAGAUAGAGGACAUGGCCCUGCUGACGCAUCUGCACGAACCCGCCGUGCUUUUUAACCUCAAGGAACGCUACGCUGCCUGGAUGAUUUAUACGUAUUCUGGGCUCUUCUGUGUGACUGUGAACCCUUACAAGUGGCUGCCGGUCUACAACCCAGAGGUGGUGGCCGGGUACAGAGGAAAGAAACGCCAGGAGGCCCCCCCACACAUCUUCUCCAUCUCUGACAACGCUUACCAGUACAUGCUUACAGAUCGAGAGAAUCAGUCUAUCCUGAUCACUGGAGAAUCUGGUGCUGGGAAAACAGUCAACACAAAGCGAGUAAUCCAGUACUUUGCAACAAUCACAGCAAUGGGAGAGUCAAGCAAGAAGGAACAACCGGGCAGUAAAAUGCAGGGGACUCUGGAGGAUCAAAUCAUCCAGGCUAACCCUCUGCUGGAAGCUUUCGGGAACGCCAAGACUGUGAGAAAUGACAACUCGUCUCGAUUUGGAAAAUUCAUCCGCAUCCACUUCGGAACAAAGGGGAAGUUGGCAUCAGCUGAUAUUGAAACUUACCUUUUGGAAAAAUCCAGAGUGACUUUCCAGCUGCUUGCAGAGAGGAGCUAUCACAUCUUCUAUCAGAUCUUGUCAAACAAGAAGCCUGAUUUAAUCGAGAUGCUGCUGAUAACCAGCAAUCCUUAUGAUUACCCUUUUAUCAGCCAGGGGGAAAUCACUGUGCUGAGCAUCAAUGAUGCAGAGGAGCUGAUGGCCACAGAUAGAGCCAUUGACAUCCUGGGCUUUAGCACUGAGGAAAAGGUCGGCAUCUACAAGCUGACGGGUGCCGUCAUGCACAACGGGAACAUGAAGUUCAAGCAGAAGCAGCGGGAGGAGCAGGCCGAGCCCGAUGGCACCGAGGUGGCGGACAAAGUUGCCUAUCUGAUGGGUCUGAACUCUGCUGAUUUGCUGAAAGCUCUGUGUUGCCCUCGAGUGAAGGUUGGGAAUGAAUAUGUCACCAAAGGCCAGACUCCACAGCAGGUGAACAAUGCUGUGGGCGCCUUAUCGAAGGCCGUGUACGAGAAGCUGUUCCUCUGGAUGGUCACAAGGAUCAACCAGCAGCUCGACACCAAACUUCCCAGACAGCACUUCAUUGGCGUCCUGGAUAUCGCAGGGUUUGAAAUUUUCGAGAUAAACAGCCUGGAGCAGCUGUGCAUCAACUUUACCAACGAGAAGCUCCAACAGUUUUUCAACCACCACAUGUUUGUGCUGGAGCAGGAGGAAUACAAAAAGGAAGGGAUCGAGUGGGAGUUUAUUGACUUUGGCAUGGACUUGGCUGCGUGCAUUGAGCUCAUUGAGAAGCCGAUGGGCAUUUUCUCCAUUCUGGAAGAGGAGUGUAUGUUCCCGAAGGCCACAGACGGGUCUUUCAAAAACAAGCUGUACGACCAGCACUUGGGGAAGAACAGCAUCUUUCAGAAGCCCAAACCAUCCAAAGGAAAGACAGAGGCCCACUUCUCCCUCAUGCACUACGCCGGCACCGUCGACUACAACAUCAGCGGCUGGCUGGAAAAAAACAAGGACCCGCUGAACGACACCGUGGUGCAGCUUUACCAGAAAGCUUCCCUCAAGCUGCUCUGCCAGCUCUUUGCCACGUAUGCAUCAGCUGAUGCUGCUGCUGAUAGGAACAAGAAAAACUACAAGAAAAAGGGGUCGUCCUUCCAGACAGUUUCUGCACUCUUUAGGGAGAACCUGAACAAACUAAUGGCCAACCUCAGGUCAACACAUCCACACUUUGUCAGAUGCAUCAUCCCAAAUGAGACCAAGAUACCAGGUAAAACAAACAGGAAUAGACAACAAAUAAAGAAAAACAUUAGAACUGAAGUUACCCUGUGGGGAAAGUUACCUCUAUCUGUUGUAGGAAUCAUGGAUCACCAUCUGGUCCUUCAUCAGCUGCGAUGCAACGGAGUGCUGGAAGGUAUCCGGAUCUGCAGGAAGGGAUUCCCCAGCAGGAUUCUGUAUGGAGAUUUCAGGCAAAGAUACAGGAUUCUGAAUGCCAGCGCGAUCCCCGAGGGCCAGUUUAUUGACAGCAAGAAGGCCUCCGAGAAGCUGCUGUCGUCCAUUGACGUGGACCACGCCCAGUAUAGAUUCGGAUACACAAAGGUGUUUUUCAAAGCCGGCCUUUUGGGUCUUCUGGAGGAGAUGCGGGACGAGCGUCUAGCUGUGCUGAUGACUCGAAUCCAGGCUGUAGCCAGAGGUUACGUCACCAGGCUGAGGUUAAAGGAGAUGAUGAAGAAAAGAGAGGCCGUUUACAUCAUCCAGUACAACAUUCGCUCGUUCAUGAAUGUGAAGAACUGGCCUUGGAUGAAGCUCUUCUUCAAGAUAAAGCCUCUGUUACGAAGUGCCGAGGCUGAGAAGGAGAUGCAGACCAUGAAGGAGGAGUUUGCUCGACUCAGAGAGGAGUUGGCAAAGUCGGAGGCCAGGAGGAAGGAGCUGGAAGAGAAGAUGGUCAUGCUCGUGCAGGAGAAGAAUGACCUUUACCUUCAAAUACAAGCAGAGAGGGAGAACCUGUGCGAUGCUGAGGAAAGAUGCGAAGGCUUGAUAAAGAGCAAGAUCCACCUGGAAGCCAAAGCCAAAGAAUUCUCCGAGAGGCUGGAGGAAGAGGAGGAGAUCAACGCUGAAAUCACCGCCCAGAAGAGGAAACUGGAGGACGAAUGUUCUGAGCUCAAACGGGACAUAGACGACCUGGAACUUACCAUCGCCAAAGUGGAGAAGGAGAAAUAUGCCACUGAAAAUAAGGUUAAGAAUUUGAUCGAGGAGUUAACGACUCUUGAGGAAAACUUGUUGAAGUCCUCAAAGGAGACGAAAGCUUUGCAGGAGGUGCACCAGCAGACUUUAGACGACCUCCAGGCAGAGGAGGACAGAGUCAGUUCUCUAAUAAAGACAAAGACUAAGCUGGAGCAACAAAUUGAUGAUUUGGAGGGGCUGGUGGAGCAGGAGAAGAAGUUGCGUGCCGACUUGGAGAGAUCGAGAAGGAAACUGGAGGGAGAUCUGAAGCUGUCCCAGGAAACCAUCAUGGACCUGGAGAAUGAAAAGCUGCAGGCGGAGGAACAACUGAAGAAGAAGGACUUUGAAAUCAGCAGCCUGCAGAGCAAAAUUGACGACGAACAAGCUCUUAGCACUCAGCUUCAAAAGAAGAUUAAAGAGCUUCAGGCUCGCACCGAAGAACUGGAAGAGGAAAUCGAAGCUGAGCGUGCAGCUCGGGCCAAAGUGGAGAAGCAGAGGUCCGACCUGUCCAGAGAGCUGGAGGAGAUCACCGAGAGGCUGGAAGAGGCCGGAGGAGCCUCCGCCGCUCAGACCGAGCUCAACAAGAAGCGCGAGGCUGAGAUUCAGAGACUGCGCCACGAACUGGAAGAGUCCACCCUGCAGCAUGAAUCCAUCGCUGUUGCUCUACGCAAGAAGCAGGCGGACGGCGUUGUGGAGCUCGGCGAUCAGAUAGAAAACCUUCAAAGGGUCAAGCAGAAACUGGAGAAAGAAAAGAGCGAGAUGAAGAUGGAAAUCGAUGACAUGGCAAGGAGUAUGGAGACUGUUCUGAAAAGCAAGGCUAACGUGGAGAAACAGUGCAGGAGCCUUGAAGAUCAAAUGAAUGAAUACAAGACCAAAGCAGAUGAAGCCCAGAGGUCUCUGAGUGAUUACACUACCCUGAGUGCUCGACUGCAGACAGAAAAUGGUGAACUUACCCGUCUGCUGGAAGAAAAAGAGUCCAUUCUGUUCCAGGUGAACAGAGGGAAGACUGCAGCCGGUCACAAAAUUGAAGAGAUGAAGAGACUUUUGGAUGAAGAAAUCAAGGCAAAAAACACCUUGGCUCACAGUUUGCAGUCAUCUCGUCACGACUGCGAGCUCUUAAGAGAGCAGUACGAGGAGGAGCAAGAGGCCAAAGCUGAGCUGCAGCGCUGCCUGUCCAAGGUGAACAGCGACGUGGCUCAGUGGAGACAUAAAUACGAGACAGACGCCAUCCAGCGCACCGAGGAGCUCGAGGAGGCGAAGAAGAAGCUGGUCCAGCGGCUGCAGGAGUCCGAGGAGAUGACAGAGGCGGCAAAUGUCAAGUGUGCAUCGCUGGAGAAGACCAAGCAGAGGCUGCAGGCAGAGUUCGAGGAUCUCAUGGUUGAGUUAGAAAGGUCAAACGCAGCGAAUGCCACCUUAGACAAGAAACAGAAGAAUUUCGACAAGGUUUUGGCUGAAUGGAAACAGAAGUAUGAGGAGAGUCAAUCAGAUCUGGAAGUCUCCCAGAGAGAGUCCAGAGCGCUGAACACAGAACUCUUCAAGCUGAAAAAUUCAUACGAAGAAGUCUUGGAUCACCUUGAGAGCAUGAAAAGAGACAAUAAAAAUCUUCAACAGGAAAUCACAGAUAUCACCGAGCAAUUUGGACAGUCCACCAAAAUGCUCCGUGAGCUGGAAAAAGCCACAAAGCACGCCGAACAAGAGAAGAGAGACACCCAGGCAGCUCUCGAGGAAGCUGAGUCUUCCUUGGAACAAGAGGAGGCCAAAAUCCUGCAACUUGAGCUGGAGCUGAACCAGAUCAAGUCAGAGGUGGAGAGGAAGGUGGCAGAGAAGGACGAAGAAAUCGACCAGCUAAAAAGGAAUUACCAGAGAACUGUGGACUGUCUGCAGAUCACGCUGGAUGCAGAGACGCGCAGCAGGAACGACGCUGUCCGGAUGAAGAAAAAGAUGGAAGGGGAUCUAAACGAGAUGGAGAUACAGCUGGGUCACGCCAACAGGCAGGCAGCCGAGGCAACCAAGCAACUGAGAAAUCUGCAGACUCAGCUGAAGGACGCCCAGGUCCAUCUGGAUGAAGCCCUCCAACAUCAGGAGGACCUAAAAGAGGAGCUAGCUAUCAUAGAGCGCCGCAACAAUCUUAUGAUGGCGGAGAACGAGGAGCUGAGGGCGUCGCUGGAGCAGUGUGACAGGAGUCGAAAGCUCGCCGAGCAGGAGCUGAUGGAGGUCAGCGAGCGCGUUCAGCUGCUGCACUCUCAGAACACCAGUCUCGUGAACUCUAAGAGGAAAGUGGAAGCUGAUUUGGCUCAGCUGCAGUCGGAGACGGAGGAGACCGCGCAGGAGGCGAGGAGCGCAGACGACAAGGCCAAGAAAGCCAUCACAGAUUUCACAUUUGCAUGCAGGCUGCCAUGAUGGCGGAGGAGCUGAAGAAGGAGCAGGACACCAGCGCUCACUUGGAGAGGAUGAAAAAGAAC